UUUUUAAAUUUUCUUUUCCCUUCGCCUAAUCUCGUCAUGAGUCGUUUCGAAGAUGAAAUGUCGACUACCAAUGUAUCUCUCUUGGAAGAGGAUAAACAGCCGUUACCAAGAACACUUAAUACUUCACCGUCUUCAAUAAGUGGAAGCAAAAAGCCUGCUCAAGAAAAUUCAGAGUCGUCACAGAAUAAAAUGACUAGUAAAGACUAUGCUAAGCUGGGCUCACUGGCUCUGAAGCACCAAGAGAAUACGAUAGAUGGUUUAAGAAAGGAAAACUUUGAUUUACGACUUAGUUUGUAUUUUUAUGAACAGAGACUGAGUGAUAUGUCACCUGAUAACUUGGACAAUGUUUUGAAGGAGAAUGUCAAUCUUAAAGUGACGAUUCAAACACUUUCACAAGAACUUAAAAAAUACAAAAAUGUCAUUUUGGAACUAAAUCAAGCAGUCGAGAUAUUACAAAAUAAACCUUGUCCCAAAAUACAUGGCAUGUCUUCCGAGGAACAAGAAGAAUUUGAGCGAGCAAAAGCAGAUGCUGAAGUGUUGCAUGAAGAAAACGAUAAACUCAGCAAGAUGAUGGCUGAUUUAUCUGCUGAAAAUGUCAAGUUACGGUCAACAUUAAGAACUCGAAACACCACUUCAAACACAGACCAUAGCUCCACCGGCAGUGUGAGUUCUGAUCGACAACAACAAAAUUCAGAAGAAAUGGCUGAACUUUAUCGCAAGCUAAGACAAACAAAGCUAAAAAAUGAAGAAUUACAAAGAAUCAUUCAACAACAAAAUGCUGCAAAUAGAAUGUAUAGUGGUGUAGAUCGUGAUAGUUUAUCAGGGAAGAAUAUCAAACUAAGCCGACAACUCGAAGAGGAAUUACAAAUGGAAAGACAGAGAAAUAAUCGUCUAAUGAAUGAACUCGAAGAAAAGUCACAACAAAUUCAAGAAUUGCAACUUGAAUUAGAGCAACGGACUCGCUCAUUACAAGAAACAAAGCAGCAAUUGCGAGACAAAAAUAUAGAAUACGAUCAAUUAUCAGAACAAUUUGAAGACCUUCGUGUCAAUAAUGAUAAUAUGGAUACUUUGAUUGAAAAUAUUCGACAACUUCAAGACGAAAAUGACGAACUUGCAAACGAGAUUCAAGACCGAGAACAAGAAAUUGAAGCAUUAGAAGCUGAAGUAGAGAAAUUAUUGUCAUAUUUAGAAAAGAAAGAAGAAGAAAGGGAAAUACUGAAGAAUGAGCUUCAAUCUGCCAAUGAGUCACACGAUACAGAUAUUGAAGCCUUUGAAGAGCAUCUUGCAAAAACACAAGAAGAACUAGACAAAAAAGACCAAGAGAACAAAGAACUCAUGUUGGAACUAGACGAGUUAAUCCAAAAGUCAAAUCAUUCAAAGAAGAAAUUUGAAGAGGAACUUGAAAAGCAAUACAAUGAAUACAAUGAGCUAGUGGUAGCCAUAAGAGAUCGUGAUGUGACAAUGGCUACAUUAAGAGGAAACUUUGAAGCCAAGACAGAUACCAUUCAAAGAGAAAAGGAGCUUUUGCGCGAAGAAAUGGAAGAGCUAAAAGAACAAUUUCACGAAGUCUACGAUCAACUAAAAGAAAAAGAAAGAUAUAUUGCAGAAUUAAUAAGCAGUAUUGAUAACAGGGAAGAUUCUGAAUUCUCGUUUUUAAUGUCUGAAAAGAUUGAAGAAAACAAUAAAAAGUGGAUGGAGAGACUAGAGUCAAUGGAGAAAGAAUAUCAAGAUAAAUUGAAGCGUGAGCAAAGAAAAAGCAAUGAACAAUUCAGCAUCAGAGACAAUGCAUAUCGAGCAUUACAACAAAAACUUGUCUCUGCUAAUCAAAAGAACUCGCUUCUAAAUACUCUCCUCGACAAAACGAAAAGACCUUCAGAGUCAUCCAAUGAUAAGCAGGACAAGUAUUCUGUGUUAGCAAGAUUGAACAACGAAUUGAGAAAAGAGCUUGAGGACCGUGAUAGAAAUUUGGAAGUAGAAAAGAAAAAAAGUCAAGAACUUGUCACUUUAUAUCAACAACAAAAAGAAUCUAUUUAUUCCCUUCAAAAGCAGUUAGAAAGAAAAGAAACUCAAUUGACAAACUCUUUGUUAGCGCGAGAUACUUUGAAAGAAAAAGGUGAAUAUAUGGAAAAUAUUCUUUACGAACAAGCGACUGGUGGUCAUUCAUUUCGCGAAAGAUCAGGCUCAGCCAUGAGCUCAUUUUAGAAUAUACCUAACGUAUACAUAAGCCUUGUAAAUAUUUUAGCAUAUACUCUACAUGUCGUUUCUUGUACAACAAAUGUACCAAUAUCAUUAGUUAAGACAUGUUGAUCACUCUUUUGUUCAUACCUCUCAAUUUAAAAUGAGACAAAUGUCAAAAUUAGAAUGAUUAUAAAAGCUUGACUGUUAAAAUGAUGGUUGUUAAAUCAGAUAAAUAUAGAGCUAGAGGCAUUUUACUUUUGGAAAAAAACUCCCCAUUUUUAUUCGUUGCAAACAAUAGAAUAUAGACCAUAAGUGUCAUACACUGACCCGAAAUAAAAAUUAGCCUAGUUUUUUGUCAUUUGAGC